AUGAGUGAAUAAUAUUCUGAUAAAAGCACUUUUAUUUGCUUUGAAUAGUAAUGUCACUUAAAUAGAAUUAUCACAAGCUGGGAUUAAUUAAAAUUGCAUAAUGAAUUCAAUCAUAGAGUGAUUUCUAAAUAAAGGUUUGAAAGCAAAGCUAUUUAAAAAUUUAAUCAGUUUAAUUAAUAAUAUAGGAUAUAAGUUUAAGAAGAUAUUAAUGAAAUGAUUUAAUAUUAAUAGGACAAGAUUAUUGUUAAAAUCUAAGAAUCAUUUGAUUUUUUUUUAAAGUAAAAUUAUUAAUAUUUAUUGUAGAAUGUAGUUGGAAAGAGUUUAAAAUUAAAUUUACUUCGAUUAUUAAUUAUCAAAUCCUUAAUCUCCCGAAGUUGAUAUAUAAAAAUAUACUAAAAUAUAUUAUGAAUAAAUUUAAACCCCAUAAUAAGAGUAAGAAGAUAUUUUUCUUAAUGAAAUUUGGUCUAAAUUUAAUCAAAUGGUAGAUGAUUUUCUGAAUUUAUUAGAAAAAUAUUUCACUAUAGAAAACCAAUAUUUUAUUAAUGCUUAAACAAAGAAAGAAACUGAAUUUGAUGAUUCAACACUUCCUUAAUCAAAAACAAUUCAACCUAUUGAAAUAUAAAAAAAUAUUUAUCAAACUGAAUUUAUAUCAAAUAAGGCAGAGUAAAUCAAAUAUGAAAUAAAUUAAAUACAACAAGAAACAAAUUAAAUAAAACAUUAUGAAAAUAUUUCAUAAUAAUAUUCUACUUUAUAUUAAAAUCAAUAAAAUGAAUAAGAUGAUUUAAACAAUAUUCCUUUAAAAGGAUAUAAGUAAUAUUAAAUUUAAUAGUAAAAUUAAUCUUUUCAUACAGAAGAUAUUACAAAAAAUGAAGAUGACAGAUUGAAAUUUUAAUUACCAUCAGAGUUAAUCAAUAAUUAUAAUAAUUCUAAUUAAAUAUCCAAUAAAGAUAAUAAAGAGUACAAAAAUGUACCAAAAACAGAAACAUAAUAACAUAUUAAAACAUCAAAAAAUUCUAAUAUAUAGUAUGUCUAUGUACCAAAAACAGAAACAGAAGAUUAUAUUGAAGUAGAUAACAUUAAAUAAUAUUAAAAAGACAGGUAUUCACUAUAUUUCAUUUAGAACAGAAGUAUCAAAAAAUCAUCACCCUAGAAUAUUUUUUUUUGGGAAAAAAUUUGAUUUAAAAAUUCUCAUAAGCACCUCAAAUAUUCAGAAAACAAUCAAGCAUUUUCUUGUCACCAGUAAGGUAUCGGCUUGGUUGAUGGAAUAUUAAACUUAAAUAUAGAUGCUGAAAUUAGAUUGAAAUUUUCUGGAUCUCAAAAUAAAAUAGUAAUAUAUUGUUUUUAUUUAAGCAAGCUGAAAUA